UAGGAGCUGCGCGGAUUUCUGAACAAUGAGGACCACCAACACUAAUCUCGAAGCUAGUUUACUUCACACUAACUGGUUUACCUACCCUGAGAAAGCCUUAAACGAAAUGGAAUUGUACUAAACAACAGCUGUGGUGUAGAUGAAGCAUUUUCUUCUUCUUUGGACAUAAUUCACAUUGGACAUCGCAUAGGCUACCAGUUGAUUCCAUUCUUAGUUCUCCAACAAUCAUGGCACGUUCGGUUUUACUGUUGCAUGGCACAUUUGCUUAUUAACCAGUUUUGAUGUUUUAUUUUUUAUGCCAAGCAGUUAUUGGACAAUUUGUAGAAGUGUGGAGUAGUAGAGUGACUGACAUCUGGAAUUGAGGAAAAAACGGUCGCUUCGCAGCGCAUGGACAGGUUGUCAUCGUGAAAUUGGAUUGAAAUUCUAUAUUAUCCUAAUUGUUAAAUCUUAGAUAUUGAACUCUAAAACAUAUUCAUUUGUAUUCAGCAUCUUAAAAAAGUUGGCAUGGACCUGAUAUAAAUUGAGGAUAACCAUCACCCAUAGGCUUAUCGCCAAGGGAAAAUGUUUACUCGGUAUUUAUGUUCCAACGGGAAUUUCUUUGACCCAGGGCAGGUUCCACAACUGGACUAAGUUCUACAAUGAAGUUAUGGGACACCUUGACCACCUGUUUCGUGCUGCUGAGCAGCGUACAUACGAGCCCUCUCCGGAACCGACCGUCCACAAAAAGAACACGCGCUUCAGAGAGUCUCCAUGACUUCCCGCCAAUGCAGCUCAGUAUAUUUUCAACCAAAAGUCCAGAAACAGCCGGCAGGGAAGAGCGAUCUGUAGAAACACAAUAUAACAUGGUUGAGCUUCAGCCAGAGCAGUUUGAGGAUGUGGUGGAUUUCAUCAAAGUCACCAUCAGUAGACUGAAAAGCUCGCUACGCCUGGGCGCGGGCUCAAGGAUACGAAUGAAACGAGAGAGAAGGAAAGGAGGGAAGGGAGCAACCAGAGGAAAGGACCAGAGGGAGAGGUCUGGGAGAGGGCGAGGGAAAGGGGGCAGAGGACAAGGCUGUCUGCUCAAACAGAUCCACCUGAAUGUGACUGACCUGGGUUUAGGUUAUGAAACCAGCGAGGAAAUGAUCUUCCGAUACUGCAGCGGACCUUGCAGGAACUCGGAAACCAACUACGAUAAAAUCCUCAACAACCUCACCCAAAACAAGAGGCUCCUGCCGGAAACGCCACCUCACGCUUGCUGUCGACCAAUCGCCUUUGACGAUGACCUGUCCUUCCUGGAUGACCACUUGAUGUACCAUACAAUGAAGAAGCAUUCUGCCCGAAGGUGUGGCUGUGUUUGACCUCCAGCCUCUUGUGUCACUAAGAAGAGAGUCAAUAGUAGUGAGAGAACAUGGUCUUGGAUCAAAACCAAGAUACAUAUUGUAGAGGCCAUCCUGGAUCCAUUAAAGGUACAUGAAAUGAAAGGGCCUACCAAAUGCUGUGUGUUGUUGAUAGGAUGAUUUAAGAGGCAUGCCAUACCUCUCCAUUGAAGAUUAUAUCCCACCACUAACUGAUGACGUCAAAAUCAGGACGAUUAUAUCCCACCACUAACUGAUGACGUCAAAAUCAGGGACGAUUAUAUCCCACCACUAACUGAUGACGUCAAAAUCAGGACGAUUAUAUCCCACCACUAACUGAUGACGUCAAAAUCAGGACGAUUAUAUCCCACCACUAACUGAUGACGUCAAAAUCAGGGACGAUUAUAUCCCACCACUAACCGAUGACGUCAAAAUCAUACUGACUCUAUGGAUGGUUUUAGAUACUGACAAUGGACUUAACAUGUACAAAUAAUACUGAAGUACAGUGUGUACAAUAUUUAGAAAGAUUUAAUUAACUUAUUCUUAUUUAUUACAGUUUUUUAUAAUAAAGGAAUUAUCUUCUUGUUA